UUAAGUGUCGUAAUGCAAGGCAAAAAUAUGUUCAACAAAAGUGUAGUGUUUUUCAGCUCCGUAAGCUAUGUAUUGAUCUUUUUUACUAUUUUGUGGCCAAGUCUCGCACAAGGAGCCGUUGAGGUAAUGGGUGCACAGUCGUAUCUGGAAAUGGUGGCAAAACGUGUGGUAGAGAUACUAGAAGGAAGAUACAUUACUGGAAAUUCGUUACCAAUCGCAGAUUAUACAGCUCCUAUCAACAUAUCGGCCUCCGGUCUAACAAUUGCUGGAACGGUGUCGUUUCAUUCGGCAUUUAUUUCAAAGAUCGGUGCGAUCGAAUUAGAUAUGCAACGUUUCAAAGAAAUUCUGCUAAAUACGGAAGUAUCGAUCGAAGGUAGCCUCAAAUGGCACGAUAUAGGAGUGGUGCUGGACUUUGAAGCCGAUUUGGAAGAUUAUCAGGGUAAUGGAACCCUAUUCGUCACCUACAAUCAGUUUGACUUCCCAUUGAAGGUGACCAAAUACUUUAACGAAACGGCACCAGUGGGUUCUUUGCAGUUCAUGUCCAUUGACAACUCGAACAGGAUUACAACUGUUGGACAUCCAAAUAAUAAAUACGUGCAGAUGAUUUCACGUGCGAUUAUGACAAAUUAUGAUUUCCGUGAUAUGAUGAUUUUGUCGUUUCGCAAUUGGAAUUUUCAAAAUCUACUCGCGGCUGUUAUAACCGAAAUUCCUUUCCCUGAGGUUUGUUAUAAUUGCUAAUAACGUCAUUCAGGAUCUUACAAUUGUGAAAUGCUUGUUUGAGUGUAAUCAAUACUAGUAUAGUUUCAAAACAGUUUCAAACAAUCAUUAACGUGAAGCAUAUAACAACAUUUUAGUUUUGUUAUAUAUUUGUAAUCCAAUACUAUCCCAGCAAUACUAGGUAUUCCAAACGCUCUUCGUACGCUCAGCAGAAAAUUUUUCCUUAGGUUGUUUUUACUUUUCCAUUUAAUAAUUCUUAAGAAUUACAUGAAGAAAAAUUUACAAUGAUAACAAAGCAACUGCAAACCGGUGGGAAUUGUUUGUAUUUAACCAACGAGCCCUGAUUUUGAAUAA